UAGAUAAUAAUAUGGGGAGAGGUUCCCAACUGUGAUUGGACAAAACACCACGUGGUCGUUUCGUCAGACCCGGAAGAAUGACAAGUGUAUUGUUGCUAGCCCGCAUUUAAGCCUUGACUUGAACGAACAUACGACAGCACGGGAUCUGGUAUCACGGCAUGCAUGUUUCUGCCAGGUAUCUUAAUGCACAGUGGACACAAAGGUUGGCUGGACCAAAAUGGCAUCGUACUUUGAUGAACACGACUGUGAACCCACCAACCCAGAGGAACAGUACCGCCAGAACGCACUACUUGAACUGGCCAGGUCUUUAAUGCAGGGUUUGGACUUGAUUGACUCAGGGGCAUUCGACCUUUCAGACUGGGACCAGCGGCUUCCUCCUCCAGCUGCCAAAACUGCGGUUCAGACCCUCUCUGUGGUCAUUAUUUCCCCGGAACAAGCAGACAAAGGUCUGAAGUGUCCUGUGUGUUUGCUGGAGUUCGAGGAGCAAGAGACGGUUCGAGAAAUGCCUUGUAAACACCUCUUCCACUCAGGAUGUAUACUGCCCUGGCUGGGCAAGACUAACUCCUGUCCGCUGUGUCGACUUGAAUUACCAACUGACAAUCCAGAGUAUGAGGAGUUCAAAAAAGACAAGGAGAGAAGAAAACAGAGAGAGCACAGACUGGAGGACCUACAUGGAGCAAUGUACACAUGACAUGACGGUGCAGUUUUGUGGCACAGUGACAUUUUACACAAAAAAAAAAAAUGAAAAAAAAAAAUAAUUCAGGAAAUGCAUAAUGCUGCGUUCAUGUCAUAUCGUACGGAUUACAUUUUUGACACCUAUGUCACUGGCAAACACAACAAACACCUAAUUCAGGCUUUAUUUACAUUUAUGUUAUGACCAUAAGGCUGAUGGUGAUGUGAGUGACCAUCUUGGAAUAAGGUGUGACCGCUCCCAGUAGAGAAACACAGGGUUUUCCUGUUCUUUCCAUUGAUUCGACAUGCCGUGAAUGCAGCAUAAGCAACGAGGUAACUGAAAAUAGAAAAUACUUAUAUCACAGAGUUGGAUAAAUGCUUUUUUCUCAUUAGUUAGUAUGAAUAUAGAUUUUAAGAUGAGCGUGCUGUUGACAGCAGUACUGAGUUUUGUCUCUUUAUUCCCUUUUUAUACAAAAUCGAGAGCUUUAAAUCCUGAAAGUUUUUUGUUCAAUUCAUAUGAGAUAUUUAAAGAAAGGAAUAUAAUGAGUGAUACUGUGCUAUGUUUUUAUUGUUCCAUAAAGAAAAAUAUUUAAAUCUGCAAGAAUGUUAUUUUAAAUCUCACUCGAGCUGUGUAAUAUAAGUAGUCUACACUUUCAUAAUGCCAAUGGACUCAUAACCGACAGAUUAAGAGAAACGUUUGAAAAAAAUCAAAGUGGGAGAAGCAUCCUGACUUUAAAUCCUGAGUAGGGGUCAAGCUUCAAAAAUACCGGAUCCUACAAUUACUAUAAUAAUAAUAAUCCUAUGAAACCAAGAUCUUUUCAUUAGACCUGAAGUGAAAUAAAUAGGGUUAAUUUCUCAGACUUGACAGACCUCCAUUAUAGGCACAUAAUACAUUAUACCUCUUUCUUCCCAGCAGUACUAGUCCUCCUCAUGAGAGUAAACUGUCAUGUGUAAAAUUUGUGGAGUUUCCCUUUAAUUCGUCUCAUGAUUUCUUUUUUGAUGUCUGCGAAGGCGCCCCCUCCUCUCUGGCCUAGGCUGAGGAACAAUUAGUAACAUAACCAGUACAAUCUGAACUGGUUGUGAUGCUACAUCACAUGACGGCCCUUUAAUAUAACUCACUGUACUGUUUCCACACCGAAGCAAUAAUGUGGGGAAAUCCAGAUUUUGUUGUUGUGAGGGAGUAAGUCAACACUCAAUAUUGGAACCAUCCAUGUUUUGAAAUGACUCAGCUUGGGUGUGAUUUUAAACGGCAGUACAUUUCUAUG